CUAAAAGCUGUUUUGACCAGCUAUUAAGCCGCCUUCAAUAAGAAAGAUGCGAGUGUUUGGAAAAGUACUUUACUGAUGAUCAAUUUGGUCAACGUUAUCAGCCAAGUCCUAAAGCAAAGGUAUCUGUAAAUGGAAACUGCCCAAGUGGAUCAAGGCCUAUGUUGCCAUAUCUUGGCAAUUCCAUAUCCAGGUAGAGGUCAUAUCAAUCCUUUGAUGAAUCUGUGCAAGCUCAUUGCUUCAACCACACCAAAUCUUCAGCUAGUAAUCACUUUUAUUGUAACCGAAGAGUGGUUCAGCUUUUUGAAAUCAGAGCCAAAACCAGCUAGUAUCCAGUUUCGUACUAUCCCAAAUGUAAUUCCAUCAGAAAAGGAUCGAAACAACGAUUUGAUAGGCUUUGUGGAAGCUGUGUAUACUAAGAUGGAAGCUCCCGUUGAGAGUUUACUUGACGGACUUCUAAAGGCCAAUGUGAUUAUAGCUGAUAUGUUAUUGCCGUGGGUUCUCCGUAUUGGGGAGCGGAGGAACAUUCCGGUGGCUUCAUUUUGGACCACGUCUGUCACCAUUUUCUCCAUCUUUUAUCAACUGCUUCUUGAUAAUGAACAUUUUGACGCCAGUUUGAUAGAGCAAGGAGAAGAGCAGGUAAAUUACAUUCCUGGGAUUACACCAAUUCGCCUAAAGGAUCUCCCAUCUGUAUGCCACGACAAACACCUGGAAAUAUUGCCCUUCCUUCUCGAAGUUGUAUCGGAAUCGGUCAAUAAAGCACAAUAUGCCUUGUUCACCACCAUUGAAGCAUUGGAAUCUCAAGUAAUUGAGGCUUUACGAGCUAAAUUUCCAGUUCCCAUUUUCACAGUUGGUCCAACAAUCCCUUACUUCGAUACUGAAUUCAAAACUAACCAGCCUAGUUCAAACUACUUUUCAUGGCUUGAUGAUCAACCUAAGGACUCUGUUCUAUACAUAUCCCAAGGAAGUUUCAUGUCAGUAUCUAAAGAACAGUUGGAUGAAAUUAUAGCAGGCGUGCACAGCAGCGGUGUCCGAUCAUUUUGGGUGGCGCGUGAGAAUACUUCCUUACUUAAAGAAGCAGUAGGGAACAAGGGAAUCAUUGUGCCUUGGUGCGACCAAUUGAAAGUUUUGUGCCAUCCUAGUGUAGGCGGGUUUUGGUCGCAUUGCGGAUGGAAUUCGAUCAAGGAAGGUGCAUAUGCUGGCAUUCCUUUUCUUACAUUCCCUAUUGGCGCUGAUCAAUUUACCAACAGUAAACAAAUAGUGGAGGACUGGAAGAUUGGUUGGAGGAUCAAUAAGGAAAUGGAGAAGCUGGUUAAAAGAGAUGAAAUUGCUAUGCUUUUGCGGAGUUUUAUGGACCUUGACAACUACCAUGGAAAAGAAAUGAGGAGAAGAGCAAUGG